AUGGCCGCCGACUACCCCAUCAUCGACUCCCACAUCCACCUCUACCCAGAGCAGGAAAUCGAGACCCUCGCCUGGGCGACCCCCGAAAACCCCCUCGCGAAGCAGCACUCGGUCGAAGACUACGUCGCCGCCACCGGCUCCCCCGCAAACCUCAAGGGCUUCAUCUUCCUCGAGACAGACCGCAAACACGACCUCGAAGCCGGCGCCCGCGAUGCGUCCGGCUGGGAGUUCCCCCUGAUGGAGGUCUCCUGGCUCCGCCGCAUCGCCGAGGGCAAACCGCGCGACGGCGAGGGUCACGGCCCCGACCACGCCAGCCUCUGUCUGGGCAUCGUCCCCUGGGCCCCUCUACCCUCCGGCGCCGCCGCCAUGGAGAAGUACCUCGACCACGUCAAGACUGUUGCGGGCGACGCCGUCUGGCCGAAGAUUCGCGGGUUCCGGUAUCUGUUACAGGAUAAGCCGCACGGCGCGGGGUUGACGGACGAUUUCAUCGACAGCUUGAAGCUUCUGGGCAAGAGGGGCUUCGUCUUUGAUAUGGGCGUCGACCAGCACCGCCGCGGCAACAAGCAGCUCGACGAGGCGUUGGAGAUUAUCUCGCGCGCUCACGAGGGUGUUCCGGAGGAGGAGAAGGUCACCUUUGUCAUCAGUCGGUCCUCCCCCUUCCCUGUCUCUAGUAUCUCCCAUGCCCUUCAUUCAAAGAACCAGGAGCUAACAAACACACCCCGACCAGACCACCUCUGCAAACCCGACCUCGGUAUCAUAAACACAACAGACCCCUCCUUCGUCCACUGGCGCACCGCAAUCUACGCCCUCUCCAAAUGCUCAAACACCUACAUGAAGCUCUCGGGCGGCUUCUCCGAGAUGCCCGACUCCCUCAAGAAGCAGGACCCCAACGCAAUCUUCGAGGCAAUCUUCCCCUGGCUCGGCGUCGUCCUCGCCACCUUUGGCACCCGCCGCACAAUGUUCGGCUCCGACUGGCCCGUCUGCACCGUCGGCGUCGACGAGGCCUGGCGCAAGUGGAAGCUGCUUGUCGAGCGCACCUGCUACAUGGCUACCCUCGAGCCAGAGGACCAGGCGGCCCUGUUUGGCGGUACCGCGAUCAAGGCGUAUGGUAUUGAAGGGCUUUGA